AGAGAGAAAGUCAGAGAACGACGGGACAGGAGUAAUCGAGGCAAUCCCCAAAUGUGCCUUGGGCUAGCUGGUUUUGCUGAUCUUGUUUUGUCCUCCCGCUUCUUUGCUUUCUUUUUUUGCUCGCCUGCAGGGAGGAGCAGCCAGUCACACUCUGUAACUCAGCCGGUCCCUCGCACACAGCAGCAGGGGGAGCUCGAGGCUGGAGGCGGCAGCAACAGCAGCAGGAGGACCAAGAGCUAGAUCUCCAGGAAAGUGGGAGCGGAAUCUUGGAGAUCGAGCCCCAGAGUCAGAGGAUGCCGUAAUAGCUUCUGCUGGUUGCCCUCGCUGCAUGACUUGGGCGCUCCCUUCCAGCCCUGACAACGCCCGCCUCCUCUAUUGCCUCCCUGUCUGUUUGUUUGUGAACAGGAAGCGGCGGCUUGUGGUCGUGGUGUUGUGACCGGCGGAGUCUACUCCUCCUAGUCGCUUUCCCAGGCGAGAACAGGAGGAGGGCGUGCGCUAUCACAACACGGGCCGCCCUGCCGGCCAAGUGGGGCGCCGGCGUCGGAUGCCUGCGUUACGCCACACCGGUGCUGCUGUUGAGGCCUGGGCUCCUCUGGAAGCCGUGACAGAGAGAGCGCCGGAUUCAAGCGCCAAGUCAGAGCAAGCAGUAUGCUUUUCACUGCAAAAACUGGGAACUGGAAAUCUGCUUGUUACCUGUAAUUAAAAUGGAUUAUUUAUUACUAGAGUAAACAAGGUGCUGACAACAGUUCUUUGACUUCUGCAUCUACAUAAAAAUGAGCGAAGUACAGGCAAUGGUAGAAUUCUCUGUGGAGCUCCAUAAGUUCUAUAACGUGGAUUUGUUUCAAAGAGGCUUUUACCAAAUUCGUGUAUCUAUGAAAAUUCCUCCAAGAAUUCCACACAAAAUUGAAGCAAGCUUAUUACGUGCAACGAGUGCUGAUCUUGCCUUUCCAGCUUCAGUCCAUGGCAAUGUAGUUUGCAGUAAAACCUUUCAAAUUCUUUAUAAAAAUGAGGAAGUGUCUGUGAAUGAUGUUAUGAUCUUCAAAAUUAAAAUGCUGUUGGAUGAAAGAAAGAUUGAAGAGUCUCUUAAUGAAAUGAAUUUCCUGCUGUCUUUAGAUCUACACUUUACAGAUACAGAUUAUUCGCCAGAGGACCUGAGCACAUUGCAGCUAAUUAGCAGCCGAACACUAAAGUUGCACUUUACCUUACACAGAGGCCUUCAUCACUAUGUCAACGUUAUGUUUGAUUACUUUCACCUCUCUGUCAUCUCAGUUAUAGUCCAUGCCUCUUUAGUUGCUCUUCACCAGCCAUUAAUAAGCUUUCCUCGCCCAGUCAAAAAUACUUGGUUAAACAGAAAUGCACCAGCACAGAACAGGGACUCUGUGAUUCCUUCUCUUGAAAGUGUUGUAUUUGGCAACAAUUACACCAAACAAUUAUCAGCUGAUGGCUGCAGUUUUAUAAUAGCAGAGGGUUUCUUGAAUCAUGCUUACAAUCUCCAUCAUACACUUUGUGCCAGUUUGCUGCUUGCAUUCAAAGGAUUACACAGUUAUUUCACAACUUUAACAAAAGAGCUGCCUUCCUGUCAGAAAUUAGAUGCAGCCAAGUCCAGCAUGCAGGUCCUUUAUGAACGCCUUCUCAGAAGAAAAUAUCUACGAAUCCAGGGAGACGCCUAUAUAGAAAAUAUAGAUGUAGAAGCACGCCUGUCGGAACUCUGUGAAGAAAUAAAGAAAAUGGAAAAUCCUGAUGAACUGGCAGAACUUAUAAACAUGCAUCUUGCACAGCUCUGUUCACUUCUGAUGGCUUUAUGGGGACAAUUUCUUGAAGCCAUUAACUUCCAGGAGGAUGUCACUGGAUUGCUAGCACAAGAACAUCAUACAAUGCGUGUUCGUAGGUUUUCUGAAGCAUUUUUUUGUCUUGAACAUCCAAGGGAGGCAGCCCUUGCAUAUCAAGAACUACAUGCCCAGAAUUACCUUCAGAUGUGUACUGCUAUAAAAAGCACCUCCUUCUGUAGUUCUCUCCCACCUCUCCCUAUUGAAUGCAGUGAAUUAGAUGGAGAUAUGAACUCUUUGCCUAUAAUCUUUGAAGAUCGGUAUUUAGAUUCCGUUACUGAAGAGAUGGAUGUACUCUGGCUGACAGCUCAUCAGAAGGCUGACUCCAAGAAACCUGACAAACUAGAAACUGAAGAAGGUUCUAUGGCUAGCCCAGAGCUGAAAAAUAGACUUUCAGUUGCCUCCCAUACCUGGCAGUCAGAAAGUGAAAAACAAUUCACAAAGUAUGCAAAAGGAAAAUGUGACGAUGCAAACAAAUCCAAAGUUAAGGUUACCAAACUGAUGAAAACAAUGAAAACUGAAAAUCCAAAAAAAAUAGUAAAACAAAACUCUAAGGACUCUGUAGUCCUGGUAGGCUACAAAUGCUUGACAAGUGCAGUACCAGAGGACAUCUCAAAGUGCUUUGAAGGCAUGCCUUCAUGGAACCAGAAAGAAGGGCUGGAUUCUGCAGUUGGUGGCCAUACUUCUGAGGCAAAUAACUUCAUGCGACAAAUCAGUCAGAAAGAGUUUAGAAGUUUACCAUCUAGAACUGAACAAAGAACUGGCAAACUAGAAGGGAAUGAAGACAGCCAGUCUAGUUCUGCCAUCUCUCAGUGUGGAAAUUCAGUCAUUUUUGGUGAAUCUGAUAACUUCCAAGCAGACUUUGGGGAUACUCAAGGGGAGAGUAGCUUGACACCCAGAAAUGCUGUUGAAGAUUGUAAUGGUUCAUCGGGACUUACAAAAAUAGAAGUAAAACCAUAUUGUAAGAAUAUUUAUGGAGAUAAAGUGUUUGUUCGUAUUGGAUUACAGACAGAAGGUUCACAGAGUGGAGCAUGUAGAGAAAACUCGCAGGAGCCCACCUUUGAAAGUUCAGAAUCUGAAAGGAAACUUACGUCAGAGGAAGAACUACUGCUGGAAAAGGAAGUUGUGCAAGAAGCAAACUUCCAACAUGCAGAAGAUUUCUUCACAAGGGUUGGUACCAAUGUGCCCAUUCAGUCUACAAAAGAAACUUCUGUUGCAGUUGUAACUGGAGAUGUACUUAAGUUGCCUGAUGUUAGUAUUACCUAUGCAUCAUCCAGAUUUUCAGAUUCUGGUGUAGAAAGUGAGCCAAGUUCUUUUGCAAUGCACUCAAGUGCAGAUGUGGCUUUUGAAGCUCCUCAAGGGCAAAGUGCAUGCAACAAUGAGAGAAUAUUUCCUCAGCUUUUGCUUAAACCAGAUAAUAUUAAAAACCCAGUAGAGAGUCACUGCACUGAAAGUACGAGUGCUGUUAGUGAAAUACAAUCCUCCCUAACAUCAAUAAACUCCCUGCCUUCUGAUGAUGAUCUGUCCCCUGAUGAAAACUCUAAGAUAUCUGAUGUACCUGAAUGCCAUUUAAGUGAUAGCAAAACUGUAUUAGACCUGGGAGCAAUUGAUUUGACAAAAUGUGAUGACAGUGAAGAACCAAAUGUUUUGCCACAGCACUGUAUAGAGUUUUCAAGUAAUGAAACUACAUUUCUGCCUUCCUCACCCUCAAAUGUAAAAUUACAACUAGACGAGGAUACAUCUGAGGACAUGAACUCUUGCAACUUACAAUUGAAUAUUGGAACAAUUUGUAAAAAUUCCCAAAGACUGGAGAAAAACUUGCACGCUGUAGAAAGAAAUGAAAUCCCUUCAGGGGUUGUUUAUCUAGGUGAGUCCUGUGUUGUUUCAGGUUCGGUAUCUAAUUAUCCUGAGGGUGGAGUGAAGAAACUAAGUGAAGGAAAAUUCAGUGAUUCUUCAGAGCAACAGCAACUAGCUGAUAAAUUGUCAACUAAAAAAAAUGAAAAUCUCACAAGCAUGAGUGUCCUCUCACCAGAAGGAGGUAAUGAUAUGCUGAAGCAAGGACUUGUAGAAAAUUACUUUGGCAAUCAAAGCAGUACAGAUAUUUGCAAUAUAUACUCUGCUGACAAUAGCAAUACAGGUAGCCCUCAAAGGGGUACAAUUUGUUCCAUUUCACAGGAGGAGGAGGAGGAGGAGGAAGAACAAGAUCAAGAUAUGGUUGAAAAUGGUUAUUUUGAGGAAACAGAUGACAGUAAUUUAUAUGGAGCUACAAAUGAUGCUGAGGAGAAUCCUGACAUAACAUAUGCAAGUCCUUUUAGAACAGAAAGAAUGAAUAGUGAUUUUUUUGAGGAUGCGACAGACAGGGUUCCACUGUGUACUCUGGAUGGUUUGACUCUUCCUUCUACAUUGAAAGGAUAUCCAUGUAGUGUGUUAUGGUCUUCAAAGGACAAAUCUAAUGCUAUUCUAAAACAGCCCUGUAGCAUGUCCUGCAGUACAGCUUCAUCUGUCUCCUGGUAUGAGUGCUCUCCUCAACCUCAGAAGCGAGCAUUCCUACAGGCUAAAGAGGAACUAAAACUACUUCAUCUCCCUGGAUUUAUGUAUAGUGAUGUUCCCAGAUUGGCAUCUUCAGUACCUUAUUUCAGCACAGAAGAGGAGGAAAGUUCAGAUGAUGGCAUACAUCUCAUAGUCUGUGUGCAUGGCCUAGAUGGUAAUAGUGCAGACUUGAGACUUGUAAAGACAUACAUUGAACUUGGCCUUCCUGGAAGUCGCAUAGAUUUUCUGAUGUCUGAGAGAAAUCAGAAUGAUACAUUUGCGGAUUUUGAUUCAAUGACAGAUCGGCUUUUGGAUGAAAUAAUACAAUAUAUUCAAAUUUACAGCCUAACAAUUUCAAAAAUCAGUUUUAUAGGGCAUUCAUUGGGUAACUUAAUAAUCCGUUCAGUGCUUACAAGACCUAGGUUUAGAUGUUACCUCACCAAACUUUACACUUUCCUGUCUCUGUCUGGACCACAUCUUGGUACACUCUACAACAGCAGUGCUCUUGUUAAUACAGGCCUCUGGUUUAUGCAGAAGUGGAAAAAGUCAGGGUCUUUAUUGCAGUUGACCUGUCGAGAUCACUCAGACCCCCGGCAAACCUUCUUGUACAAACUUAGUAGAAAGGCAGGUCUUCAAUAUUUCAAAAACAUAGUAUUAGUAGGAUCUCUGCAAGAUCGUUAUGUCCCUUAUCAUUCUGCCCGCAUUGAGAUGUGCAAAACAGCUUUGAAGGAUAAACAGACAGGACCAAUAUAUGCAGAAAUGAUCCAGAAUCUGCUUCUGCCUGUUCUUCAAAACGAGGAAUGCAAUUUGGUUCGUUAUAAUGUACAUUGUGCAUUGCCAAACACAGCCGAUUCCCUCAUUGGAAGAGCUGCACACAUUGCUGUUCUGGAUUCGGACAUAUUUUUAGAAAAGUUUUUUCUUGUUGCUGCGCUAAAAUAUUUCCAGUAGGAAUAAACACAAUGUCACAGA